AUGCUGCUAAAGUAUUUUGAGCAGACAAACUGCUCAUUUAAAGUGUCUGCCACUCUUCGCGGAAUUUCAGGUCAGGACACAAAGGUCGACUAAUCGUUCGGCAUAUGUCAACUGACUCAGCUUAUGGUCUCACGCCUCGCUUUUUUUCAGGAGGUGUGAAAGGUCGUCUGAAGUACUUGGCUGCGAGAGCUCGAAUACUGGUCUCGAAGUUUAGUCGGAUCAAAGUUCAAAUAUCGACUUUAGAACCGUCCAGAAAGCCUGAUGUUCUUCCGGUUUGCAACACCGGCAUAGACCAGGCUAAGGAUACCAAAGAGGGUUUAGCCGUGACACCCUAGUAUUUAGUUAGAUUUAAGUCAGCCCAGUUUUCAGACAAAGAUAAUCAGUUUACACUGGAAGUACGUCCGUCUGUUCAUCGGCUAAAGGCACCUUUCGGAUUCAGCUAA